AUGAUUACACAAGUAACGCUUUACACAGCGAUUGGAACGAGUCUCGCACUCCAUUGGGGCAGCACACACAGGCUGCCCCAAAAAACACUGCGCCGCGCGACGCUCAUCGAGGAUAUUCAGAUUUCCGACGAAGCCGAAGCCCUCCACGUGCUACGGGUCGACUUGGGCGGCGAGCUGGGCGCGGUGCGCCUCCACGCGCCCGUCUCGCGGCUGACGCGCUGGCCGGCCGGGGACAUCUGGCCCGCGGGACGCGCGCUCGCCACACGACUGAGCGCGGAGCCGGGCCUCGUCCGCGGUCGCCGCGUGCUGGAGCUAGGAACGGGUCUCGGCGUCGCCGGAAUCGCUGCAGCGGACGCCGGCGCCCGGCACGUCUUUCUCAGCGACAUUGAUGCCUCGGCGGUGAAACUAGCUCUCCGGUCGCACGCGGAACUCGGACGCUCACCAGGCCGCGUCAGCGGGGCGCGUAUCGACUUCGCGCGCGGCGGCUGGCCCGCGGCGAUUCGCGCCGGCGCCGACGACACGGACGUCGUCAUCGCGAGCGACGUGCUCUACUCCGAACGGCAGGCGCCGGCGCUCGCGCGCUUCCUCGCGGACUACCUCGCCGACCGGCCGCAUGGGAAAGGGUAUGUGAUGAACCCACUGGCGAGAGAUAAGGCGCGCAUCGGCUUCGCUUUCAUGGAAGAGGCGCGCGCGUUCGGGCUGCACGUCGAGGCCGAGGAGUACGCGUCCAGGGCUAGCGGCGCCGCGGACAUGCAGCUGAUCAAGGUCGAGAACACGCGCUCCGAGUAA